AUGAUAGUUGGCGGGAAAGAUGUGUUAGAUCUUAGUUAAUCGUUAUAAUAUUAAUUUUCCAUUGCAUUGCUUCUGUAUUUCACUUCACACUCCAAACAAGAAAGACCCUGUAAACCCAAAACCCUCUCUCUCUCUCUCUCUCUAUAUAUAUAUAUAUAUAUGUGUUCAAACUCAACUACUAGAAAGAUUGUGAAGCAAAAGAAGAAAAACAGAGGAAAUUCAAUAAUAAACCCAAGAAAAUUCUAUUUUCUUAUUUGUCCUUGUCCAAUGGCCCUCUGGCUCUACCUCCCAACUCUCCUACUCUUCCUCCCAACUCUUCUCUCUGCUGCUUCUUCUUUUUCUCCUCCGGCUCCUCCUCCCACCGCAUUGUCACCGCCGCAAUCUCCACCGUCUCCGCCGCUGCCGCCGUCGCCUUCACUGCCUUCCCCGUCUCAGUCUCCCUCAACAUCUCCUGAAUCCCCACAACGUUCGCCCCACCGCAGGAGACACCGCAGAUCCCGGCGAAGGCAACAACAACCUUUAACUCCGGCAACGCCUCAGCAAUUCAACAACAUAAUUGAUGCGUUGAUUGGCUCCGGUGACUUCACCAACUGGGUGAAUGUCAUAUCGAACGCCGUCCUCCCUCUUAGCGCUACUCUCUUCGUACCCGAAAACGACGCCGUCAGUCCCCCGACGAUCGCCGGUCCCGGCCCUGGUGACCCCUUGAUGUUCCCCUACCAUGUGGUCCCGCAGCGGCUCUCCUUCCCUGAACUCCUGCUCUUCCAGACCAACACGCGCCUCCCCACACUCCUCCCUGGGAAGUCAAUCCUUAUCACCAACAACUCCCGGAUCAACUACACAAUCGACGGUUCUCAGAUCACCCAGCCGGACAUCUACUCCACCGGCAACAUCGCUGUCCAUGGCGUAGGCGCUGUCUUCAAUUACUCUAUCUUCGGCGAUGGUUUCGACCUUCUACCCAAACCCUCGAAGCCGGAGCCGGAGCCCAAUCAGUCGCAAGUUCGCCGGCCGCCGACGGUGGAUCACCCGAAUGGAGAGACAUUUGGGUCGAGCUCGGACUCGGCACCGCCAUGCCUGUGCAUCGAAUUUCAGGUUGUUUUCUUAGUGUUCUGUGCGGGUUUGAUUUUCAAGAUUCAGAGAAACGGCCAUGGACGGUGAAGUCUAAGGGUUUGGUAUACUGAUUGCUUUGUUUAGAGUUUCAAGAUUCCAAGAAAUAGUCUUUCUUGGACGUUCUUUUAUUGUUUUUAAUUUUUUUUAAAUGAAAUAUUUCACCUUGGCAAAGUAAAUUUAGCUGCAAUGAGUUGAGUUGAGUUUGGUUUAAUAUUAUGUACGUGCAUGCAUGGGAUUUUUUUUUUCA